CAAAUAUCAGCCAACACCGACCGGUCCUGACAUCCCUGGUCUGAUAUUUCAACAUUCUGAGGGCCACUAUGAGUCUUGUUUAUCCAGCCGGUGGCGCGACGGCGGCGCUGGGAGUGGUUGGACUGUAUAUGCUGUUCAACGGCGAGGGCGAGAAAUUCAACGUUGGACAAUUUCUCGAAACAGUAUCCCCAUACGCAUGGGCUGAUCUGGGUAUUGGUUUAUGUAUAGGAUUGUCAGUGGUGGGAGCAGCAUGGGGUAUCUUUAUCACAGGUACAUCAAUUUUGGGAGGCGGCGUCAAAGCCCCACGGAUACGGACGAAGAACUUGAUCUCGAUUAUCUUCUGCGAAGUCGUCGCCAUCUACGGAGUCAUCAUGUCCAUCGUCUUUUCCUCCAAAUUGACCCUUGUUCCGGAAGAAAAGCUUUACACCGGACCUAAUUACUACACGGGCUACGCGCUGUUCUGGUCAGGGUUGACAGUCGGCAUGUGCAACUUGAUAUGCGGUGUGAGCGUGGGAAUCAAUGGAAGUAGUGCGGCUCUGGCAGAUGCUGCCGAUCCUAGCAUGUUCGUCAAGGUUCUGGUCAUUGAGAUCUUCUCGAGUGUACUGGGUCUCUUUGGUCUUAUUAUUGGACUUUUGGUCAGCAGCAAGGCUCCCGAAUUUGAGUGAAAGAGUCAGAAAGUGAACAUAUGGGGGGAUUUUAUUACAAGAUAUCGGGUCCCAUGCAGCUGCUCCGCCAAGAUGGGAAGCUCUAGGUCACGUCCUGCCAUCCCGGCUUCGAACCACAUGGGACACUCACCCAGAAUCAGGAUUGGAAGACCUGGGCAGCGGAACCCAAAGACAUACCCUUGGGUCAGUGGGAUGACGGAGGUCCAGCGAGUACGAAUAUGGUUGUCAAUGCACGUAGUGCGUGCAAGCAAUGUAAACUAUUCAUGUAUUGUAUUGUAUUGGGCUCGAUGGACAGGCGAACUUCUCUAUAAGCGAAUGCUAUGGAAAGUCAGUCACCUAUCGACCGUACUUCAUUGGUCAAAA